GUUUUGAUCAGAUGGCCAUUUGACCACGCCCACUGUUUACUGUCAGCGGAUUAAGAUUGAACCGUUUAUUUUUUUGCGGUAUAAAACAUCUUGUAAUUUUUGUAAUAAAUGCUUUGGCAGCUUGACGAACAAUAAUUUAUUUCGGAUUGAAUGACGGAUUCGGAUCAAGCACUUUAAAGCAGGUUUAAUGGCGUCUUCAGCGACACUCGGUGAGUUCAUGCGCUGUCUCAGUGAAAUGGGAUUCAGUGAGGAUCAGAUUCAAGCUGCAUUUCAGGCUGGCUGUUUCUCUGUCCCAGAGGCAGCUGAAUGGAUUGUGCGGGCUGGCAGUCCGAGACACACACUAGUGCCACGUUCUGGUCCAAUUUCAAAUGCUAUCACUGCUUUUAACCGCCCUAAAGAUGUCCAGGGAGGUCAGACAGAGGCAAAAGGUGCUGAUUUGGUGCUGCAUCAACCUGCAGCAGAAACCGAACCUGUAAAAUCUCGAAUACAGCAGAACAACGACUUUCUCGCUCAGGAGAGACAGAGAGCAGCAGAACACGCCCGGGCUGAGCGGCGGCAACACACACAGGAACGAGAGUUAAUCUUGAAACGAAUAGCGGAAGAUCGGCGUGCUCAGCAGGAGAAACACACCGCCACUCCUACUGUUAGUGAACGAGAGAAACCAAGCGAACGAGUGCAGAGCAACACUGACACCAAUUGCAUUCUAAUGAUCCGUCUCCCCACCGGUGAGUCUUUGCGUGUGUGUUUUCCAGCAGAUGCCCCUCUCCGCGCCGUCGUCGACCAUGUCACUUCCCUCCAUCCGUCUCUUCCAUCAUUCACACUUUUUCACGGCUUUCCUCGUCGGCGCUUCAGCGAUGAUGACUUGUCCCGGACGCUGCACUCUCUCGGUUUAACGCCGAACGCCGCACUCGUCCUUCAGACCGCUAGUCCCCCUGAUCCCACCAUCCCUGCUGCUGUCCAUGAACCUGAGCCACCUCGCAGUGACCCUCCUGCACAGCAGGGACCAAAUGAAUUACUACAACCUGUAGCACCACCUCAGUUUCAACCACUGCGCUGGGAAGACAUGGUGCAGGCUGGGAUUGCUGAACCUCGUCACCGCUGGGGCCGAGGACACAGACUGGUGCCAGGGGAAGAUGGUGGUGAUGAUGAUGCUGCUGCUGAUGAAGAUGAAGAGCAUGCACUGGCAGAUAUUAAUGCUGUACCUCGACUUCCUUUCUUUAAUGAGAUCAGAGAUCAGGAGCAGCAUUACUGGCCCAAUCAGGGAAACAGACUCGGGGAUCCAGAUGCCUCAGUAGAUCCAGCAGAAGGCAGAGUUUUACCCGGUGCAGCAGCACUGCAGCGUUUAAAGAAAAAUGAUCAACAGCAACAUCAACACCCAGAGUCCCUGAUUCCCCACAAGAAACCCUGCAGUGUGUCCAAACUUGUCACCAUGGCAACACAUGCCGCUGUCUCUCUCACCAGUGCUCCUUAUAUGCAGUUCGUCAGCAGUUUUUCAUGUUUGACCGCAGAGCUCGCUGAGCGUUUGCUGGGUCAAAUGAUCUCAGAUCGCUUGCUGAACCCAAGAACUCUUCAGCUUUUCAUUGGCUGCUCGCUUGGGACUCUAACGUUAAACAGCUACCCAUACACCACCAACACGCUUCUGCAGCAACUCAGCACGUUUACACACCUCACACACCUCAGCCUGGUCAAUUCGCCACUAAUCACUGAUUGUGGGUUGUCUGUGUUGUGUAAACUGGUGAAGCUGCAGUAUCUGAAUCUCUCAUCCUGCUCCAAACUUACUGAUGGCUGUUUACACCACAUGACACCUCUCAGGUCCUUGUGUGUGUUGAUUCUGGAUCACACUAAAGUGAGUGAUUCCGGUCUGCUGGUCUUCCUCCGAUCAUCUCCUCCUGCACUUGCUCACCUGAGUUUAAACCAAACUGCUAUUACAGAGGAAACGCUAAGUGUGCUGCGUGUGUGUGUACCACAGCUGCGACUGCUCAGCAUCACACACACCAAGGUGUGUGACGUGUCCGCUCUGGCCGACCUGCACGAUCUCCAGACUCUUCACCUGGACUUCACUCAGGUUAAAGAAGAAUCAUUGCAAUGUCUUUCAUCUCACCAGAACCUAUCAUCACUCAGUCUUCACGGUGUCCCUGUCAGCAGCGGUGAUCACACACUCGAGAUCCUCUCAGGAUUGAAUCUGACUCAGUUAACACUCCCUGGGCGUCAUUCCGUGACCGAUGCUGGGCUUUUCUUCCUCUGUACACACACUCUGCUCUCUGAGCUCGAUCUGAGCGACUACACACACAUCACUGACCAGGGCAUUGCGCAGUUGGGAAAAAUGACUCGGCUGAAGAAGCUUUCUCUGAGUAAUACUCCGCUCACUGAUGUGGGUUUAUCAACUCUGUCCUCUCUCACUCUGCUGAUGGACGUGUGCUUUAACCGGACAGCUGUGACGAGUCGUGGGGUCACUGAGUUCAUCACACGCCUGCCUUACCUACAGGUUCUAGGUUUGUCCUGCACACAGGUGGGAGAUUCGGUACUGAAAGCAUUAAUUCGUUGCACCGAGUUGAUCAAACUGAACCUGAGCAGGACACGCAUCACUGACCGGGGAUUGAAGUUUCUUCACGGUAUGAAACUGAGUCAGGUAAAUCUGGACGGUACCGGUGUGACUGCAGGGGGUGUGGCCAAUCUGAUCUCCGCCUCUCCUCACCUGAUCAGCAUCCGUGCCAAUAACACGCGUCCAGUCCCUACUGAACAACAAAGCGAUGACGAUGACGGUGGUACUGAAGAUCGGCCACAUCACUGAUACAGACAGCUCUGAUCCGGCCCCACACACACACACACACACACACACACACACAAUUUCUUGCUUCACCAAUUUAACGCAUCUUAAAUAUAUAAUAAAUAGUUUUAAUUAGAGAAACACGUACCACACACUUAAGAUAGCUUUACAAAUAAACACACAAAUAUAAUACUGUAAUAAUUCUAUUAUCAAUGCUAUUAUUAAUUAUAUUGCUUUAAUAUUGUUAGCGAAUGGCUGCAGAUCGGCUUGCUUUGUUUAGCCUGAGCUAAAACCUUUGGUGUGGUUUUGGAGCUGGUUCUAGAAUGUAGAGGGAUUCAGCACCCAUGAAAUCCAUGUAGGUUUAUUAAUCCAUUAACGAGGCUAUUUUUGCAAAAGCAAACGAAAGAAAAUAAACUGUAGAAGAGUUCAAGCAGUUGAGCUGAAUAAAUCCUAGAAACAUGCAUCUUUGCAAAAGUCGUUACAUAUCACAUUUUACUAAAGAAAGUGUGUAACUACGUCGAUUAUCAAUCAUAUUAUCAAAGAUAUUAUUAUCAAAGAUAUUGUUCGUACUAGCAUGAGCAAUAUUAUUACGGUUAAGUUGUGCCAUGUAGUUCAGAAUUACAGACGAACAAUUUCACCGAAUCAAUCCGAUAAUCAGUAUUUUACAGGAUACUAACUAAUUUAAGACUGUUAAGCUUGAACCUGCGAAAUGUAACUCAAUAAAAUCUAUAUUUUUUUCGAUAUUGUUUGUAUUCUGUAAUAGUUUUGUAUAAGAUCAUUAAAACCACAAGAAGCUAUUGCAAAUUGUAGCUGUUGUUUACUGGACAGUACAGUUCAACACUGAUUUUUUUUUA